CCGCCUUCUUAAAUGUGUAAAUUUUCCGGACCUUACCGCAAUUUGUAAUUUCCUGCGUUUUUUCCUUCCCGACCCAAAAUGAUCCUUGGCUCCAAUGGUGCCUGUCUAGAGUUCGCACGUCGCGGAAGACGUUUUUCUCCCGACCUUGUCGUGCUUCCUUGUCGCUCCUGCUUCAGUCACCCAAGGUCUGAUGAACGGGGGAAAAAAGAUUGUCCUUGAUAAAAAAUCUGAAUGUUCAGCACUUCAAUUCUGCUUCACUGGAGCUUAAGCUUAGGUGCUUGAAAAGUCCCAUGCUUCCAGGAGAGGACGAGUUAUCAUCAUUUUCACAUUAUAUGAUACUUGGAGAAACUGUGUUUUAAUCUGAAAGCAUAUAUGAAGCUUGUUACUUAUAAUGUGAAUGGUCUUAGGCCACGCAUUUCCCAGCAUGGCUCACUUCGAAAUUUGCUAAGCUCUCUUGAUGCUGAUAUCAUUUGCUUUCAGGAGACCAAAUUGACAAGACAAGAACUUUCAGCUGAUUUAGUCAUGGCUGAAGGAUAUGAGGCAUUCAUCUCAUGUACUCGUACUUCAAGUAAAGGUCGCCCUAUUGGUUACUCUGGUGUUGUAACAUUUUGCCGUGUAAAGUCGGCAUUUUCUAGUGAUGAAGUUGCAUUGCCGAUUUCAGCAGAGGAAGGGUUUACAGGUCUUCUGGAUCAGUCCAAGACAAGAGAUAAGAAGAUUAGCACUUCCAUACUAGAAAGGCUACUAUGUGCUGAGGAGUUGGAGCAAAUAACAGAGAAGGACCUUCUCAGAGUUGAUAGCGAAGGCCGAUGUGUAAUCACAGAUCAUGGAGACUUUGUUCUGUUCAAUUUAUAUGGGCCUCGAGCUGAUAGUGGUAAUCCAGAGAGAGUUCGUUUUAAGAUGAUAUUCUUCACGGCUUUACAGAAAAGAUGGGAAGCUUUGCUAAGUGAAGGGAAAAGGGUCAUAGUAGUUGGAGAUUUCAACAUUGCACCUUUUGCCAUAGAUCAGUGUGAUGCAGGACCAGAUUUUGAGAAUGAUAGGUUCAGAAGAUGGCUUAGAUCUUUGCUGAGGAAAGAAGGGGGACCUUUUGUUGAUGUUUUCCAUGAAAUACAUCCAGAGAGAUCCUGCAAUUGUAUGUUUAGGAAACAUGCAUACACUUGUUGGUCACAAAACACAGGUGCUGAAGAAUUCAAUUUUGGUUCGAGAAUAGAUCUUAUUAUGAUUGGUGGGCCAUGCUUUCAUCAAGAUGCAGAUCUCAGAGGACAUGAAUUAUUUAACUGCCAUGUCAGAGAGUGUGAUAUAAUGACCCAAUUUAAACGAUGCAAAUCUGAUAACGAUGCAAGGUGGAAGGGAGGGAGAAGUCUCAAGCUAGAUGGCUCGGACCAUGUUCCAGUUUUUAUCAAUAUCUGUGGCAUGCCUCCUGUACCACCCCACAGCACGCCACCUCUCGCAGCAAGAUAUGUCCCUGAGAUCCGUGGCUUGCAGCAAACUAUUGUUUCACUGAUUCAGAGAAGGCCAGUAACUGCUGCAACAAAUGAUGAGAAAAUACCACAUAAUAGACACGGCAAGGAGAAAAUAAAACAUAGGGGAUACUCUCAGCUUAAGUUACUAUCAUUUUUUGAGAGAAAAGUGACCAUGCCAAAUGUCAAUGCAUGUGACGAUGCUACAGAUACUUCCUUUAGACAGGAGGAUCUGCCAGUCAGAGAACCAAACUCUUGCCUGGAAGAGAAUUAUAUGACCGAUUCCAGUCAGAUAUCAAUGAGUAGAUUUGAAGACAUCGAAUGCCAGCCAGAUAGUGUUGACGCCAGUUUGGCCAGUAUGAGUGGAGCUGUCUCAGGUCCUGGUCACUCUACUGAAAAGGAUAAGAACCGCACUGCCCUGGUAGAGUGGCAGAAGAUCCAAAUGCUCAUGCAAAAUAGUGUACCUCUUUGUGUGGGGCAUGGAGAACCAUGUGUUGCACGAUGUGUGAAGAAACCUGGUCCCAAUAUAGGACGUGGAUUUUAUGUCUGCGCCCGUGCAAAGGGUCCUGCAUCCAAUGCAGAUGCAAGGUGUGACCACUUUCAGUGGGCAACGUCAAAAUCAAAAAGGAAGCAGAGGUGAUACUAAUUAUGGGUCGUUUAACAAUUUUGUUGUGAAUAGGUAAAGUCAUAAUUCGACAAAGGUCCUCUGGCCUCUACUUUAAAUUGGAAGUUUUAUGGAUAAAUUUCUUCCAACUGAGCUUAUGUUUGUCAUGUAUACGCAGUUAGAAAGUAUUUGGUGUAUAGUAAUUCA